CCUGACGUCAUGUGACCUGCCGUCUUUAUCACUGUUGUCAGCUGCAGUCACAGUCAGUCACAUGAAGUCCACCUGCUGAAGUGGACAGAAAGAAAGAAAGACGGACAGGUGAAACAGACAGAAAGAUGGUGCUGUUGUUGUGUUGUUUCCUCUCCUCUCUGCUGGUUGUCAUGGCAGCGCCGGCUGCAGACGAGGUGAAGUUCCUCCCCGGCCUUCAGAAACAGCCGAGCUUCAGACACUUCUCUGGAUACCUGAACGUGGCCGACGGGAAACAUCUGCACUACUGGUUGGUGGAGUCCCAGAAGGACCCGUCCUCAGACCCCCUGGUGCUGUGGCUGAACGGAGGCCCAGGAUGCAGCUCUCUGGACGGACUGCUCACUGAGCACGGACCCUACCUGAUCCAGGAUGACGGAGCGACGCUGCAGUACAACCCGUACUCCUGGAACAAGAUUGCCAACGUGUUGUACCUGGAGUCUCCAGCAGGGGUCGGAUUCUCGUACUCGGACGAUAAAAACUACGCCACCAACGACACCGAGGUGUCGAUGAACAACUACCUGGCUCUGAAGGAGUUCUUCCGGCUGUUUCCAGAGUUCAGUAAGAGCGAGCUGUUCCUCACAGGUGAGAGUUACGGAGGAAUCUACAUCCCGACACUGGCUGAGAGAGUGAUGGAGGACUCCACCCUCAACCUGCAGGGCAUUGCCGUGGGAAACGGGUUGUCGAGCUACGAGAUGAACGACAACUCUCUGGUUUACUUUGCCUAUUACCACGGGCUGCUGGGAAGCCUCCUGUGGAGCGAGCUGCAGGCGUUCUGCUGCAGAGAGGGGACGUGCAACUUCUACAGCAACAAGAACCACAACUGCUCCGCCGCCAUCGGUGAUGUUCAGACAAUCGUCUACAGUUCAGGUCUCAACAUGUACAACCUGUACGCUCCCUGUCCAGGUGGAGUCCAGAGACUCAGUAUUGAUAAGGGGCAGCUGGUGAUCAGAGACUUGGGGAACUCGUUCAUCAACCAUCAGUCGACUCAGCUGUGGAGCCAGAAGUUACGAGGUCUGGCGUCUCGUCACCUGUCUGUGAGGCUGGACCCCCCCUGCACUAACUCCACCCCCUGCUCCCUUUACCUGAACAACAAGUUAGUCAGAGCUGCUCUGCACAUCAGCCCCAAGGCUCUGGACUGGGUCAUCUGCAGCUCGGAGGUGAACCUGAACUACGGCCGUCUCUACAUGGACGUCAGGAAGCAGUACCUGAAGCUGCUCUCUGCACUGAAGUACCGUGUCCUGGUGUAUAACGGGGACGUGGACAUGGCCUGUAACUUCAUGGGGGACGAGUGGUUUGUGGAGUCUCUGCAGCAACAGGUGGAGGUGCAGAGGCGUCCCUGGCUCUUUAACGAUGUGAACGGUCGGCAGGUCGGAGGCUUCGUCAAAGAGUUCGACAACAUCGCCUUCCUGACUGUGAAGGGUUCUGGUCACAUGGUUCCAUCAGAUAAACCAAUCGCUGCCUUCGCCAUGUUCUCCAGAUUCAUCAAGAGGCAACCCUACUGACCUCUGACCUCUCUGUGACCUCCGCUCUGUUUGGGCUCUCUGGGCUGCCGUAAUUUGUGUUUGUUUAUAUUUGUCUUCCUGUCACUGCCAGCCAAUCAGCUGCCGCUUACAUAUUUUAACAUUUUUUUAAAUGAAUCGCCUCGACCUCCUGCCAAUCACAGCGCUCCACUCGGCCGUUGCCAUGGAAACGAAACUGCCGCCUUUUUAUGUUUGAAUGUGAAUCUUGUUUCUGAAUAAAGUCUGAACUCUGACCUUCA